AUGACGCGUUCCGCCACGGCGCGGGAGGCAGCAUUGCUGGCCGCGCAAGUGCAACCUGGCGGGACUCCGCCGUCCACGGCAUCAUCGGAUGCGGAGACGUUCCCAAGCCCUGCUGGACAAGUAGCGCCUGUGGUAUCGCCAGGCCCGAAUCCCGCUCUCCCUAGCCGACCUGCCUCCAAAAGGCGGAAAACAACGGCCAGAGCCGUGAACCCCAGCGAGGUUGACGAGCUUCCUCACAAUCUAGGCCCGGCCAUCCCGCUAUUGUCGCAGGGCGACAAGAAAGCGCCCAUCAAGAACGAGGAAAUCGAGGAAUUUGCCCACCGUCUGCAGGACACUGUCGACAAGGCUCGGACAUAUACACCAGGGUCCCCCAGGAAAGCAACGACGUCCAAGAAGCCCAACCAAUACAACCUCACCCCGGGAGCAUCCCCAUUCCCUGACUGGAAUCAUCCCACCCCAGAGGAGUGUGAAGAAGUCAAUCGGCUGCUUUCAACUGUGCAUGGAGAGAUCGUGGCACCCACCACCAUCCCGGAGCCAUCUCUGACUGUGACCGGCUGCGGCGAGGUGCCCUCCGUCCUGGAUGCUCUCAUCCGCACGUUACUGAGUGGAGCCACCACCGGCACCAACUCGGCCCUGGCCUUCAAUGGCCUGGUGCAGAGAUUCGGUAUCCUGGAGGGCGGGAUCGGCAAAGGGAGUGUGAAUUGGGACGCCGUCCGUCAGGCGCCACUCCACAAUGUCUUUGAAGCCAUCAAGCGUGGCGGCUUAGCAGACGUCAAGAGCAGAAAGAUCAAGGCUAUACUAGAUAUGGUCUACCAAGAGAACCAGGCGCGUCGGGAUCUGCUGGUCAGCCACUCGCCGGACGCACCCCCCGAUUUGCUUCGCAAGUCCGACGAUGGCAAGCAGUAUGAGAUCGCGUGCGCCGACCAGAACUUCCUUUCCCUGAACCAUCUCCAUAGCCUGGCGACGGAGGAUGCGAUGGGGGCGCUGGUCAAAUAUCCGGGAAUCGGCCCCAAGACGGCGGCCUGUGUCUUGCUCUUCUGUCUGCAACGGCCCUGCUUUGCCGUGGAUACUCAUAUCUUUCGCAUCUGUAAAUGGCUGAACUGGGUGCCCCCGGCCAAAGCGACGGAGAUCACGGCGUUCAGUCAUCUUGAGGUCCGCAUUCCGGAUCAUCUGAAAUAUUCCCUGCAUCAGCUCUUCAUCCGCCACGGUAAGACUUGUCCGAGAUGCCGGGCCAUCACGGGGCAGUCAUCGGCCGGAUGGGAGAAGGGUUGUGUCAUUGACCAUCUGGUGACGAGAACGGGGAAGCGGAAGGGUGGGAGCCUGGAUAGUCCCCGAAAUGGUCGCCAGCGCCGCACUUGA